AUGGACUUUGCACAAAUGCUCUCCUACCGGGAGCGGGUAAUGAAUAUUGCACUAGGAAUGGCGAGUCCAGACAGGGACUUAUGCCUGGAGUGGAUGCUCCACGAUACGUUCCAGGACAUGCGAAAUAUCGACGAGGUUCAGGCAAAUGAUGUUGCCCAAGGCUUUUGUCAACUUCUCCAGGCUCAGACAUCACAGGAGCGUAUUUCGAUACAAACUCUUGGGUCGUAUCUCAGUUUUAGAGAGGUAGAUGCAGGGAGACCGUUUGGUGCUAAGUUGCGCCUCAGCCAUGCUGAGCUGGAAAAUGUAUCCGCACUGGAAAGUGCUGCAUUUCGUCACAUGGGCGUGGUCAAUGAUAUCUAUAGCUGGGAGCGAGAAUGGAGAGUGUUCCAAGAGAAUCAAACUGAUGGUUCUCGGCCACUGUCUGCCAUCUAUAUCCUUGCCAACGAAACAGAGUUGCCUUUUGCAGCUUGCAAGCGAUUGAUGUACAGCUAUUGCCGAGAACUGGAGCUCGCCAUCAAGGAGACCCGAGAUAAGCUGCGAAACGAUGGCGUCAAUGACUUGUCACCAGAGAUGGAUAUGUACAUUAAAGGAUUGGAAUAUUUUAUGCGUGGGAAUGAGCUAUGGAGCCAGUGGACCCCAAGAUAUCGACAAUGA